AUGCCUGCACACUGGAUUGGGCGGGUUCGCCUUGGAGUGUUUUCUGCUGUCUCAGUCUUCGCCGUUAUUGUCCUCAGGCUCGCCGCCGGCUUGAUUACAAUCACCAAAGACGAAUUUGAUGGAUAUUAUUCCUUUGCUCCUCUGGCUGUCGCUGCCGCCGUGCUCACCAUUAUAACAUUGCCUGUGAUGCUGAUCAUAGACUUCUUCCGGCGUGGCGCAGUCACCUCUAUGAUCCUGGUCGAGAUUGUUUGGCUCCGCAUCCUCUGGAUCCUCUGGCUCGCGAUUGGGUCUUGGAUCGCAAGUCAGCUCAGGCCCGACGGCAGCUGCGGCAUUUACUUCGCCCCCAAUUGGUUGACGACCACCUGCACUGAGGCACAAGCCACCGCUGCCUUCGCCUUCCUCACCUGGAUCGCCUUGCUCGCGUACUGGAUCGUGCUCCUUAUCAUGGCCCUCAUCUCUGCCACGAAGGGCUCGUGCCGCAUGUGGUACACAAGCAUAAAGGGGGCUGACUUCGCCUCUGACACCGCGGAGUACAAGGGCGCCGCUGCGACCCCGGUGAUGCAGCAGGGCUACCCGCCUGCAGCCCCGUACCCCGUGGGCCCUCAGCCCGAUAACCCCGGUUAUCAGUGGCCCCCUGAGCUGUAG